AUGGCCACACACGACAUGUCGGACGCGCUCAGCACAGCCCGAAGCCGACACACGCCCACGCCCGCGGUGGCCAGCAGCGAGAGAUACACGCGGCCCAUUGCGGCAGCCCAAGAAUCCGGACUCCCCAUCAUCGACAUCUCAGCCUUUCUCGACGGCCACUCGACCCAGCCGUGCCGCACUGCGACGGCGCAAGCCAUCAACGCCGCGUGCGUCAACUACGGAUUCUUCUACCUCACCGGCCACGGCAUCCCGACGUCUACGCUGGAUCAGGUCAUCGACUUGGCGCGGGCCUUCUUUGCGCGCCCGCUGGAAGAGAAGAAUCGGAUGAAGCGCUUCGAUGCCGGUGGGCCCGAGGGCGGCGAUGGCGCGAGGGGGUAUCAGGGGCUUGGGGAGAAUGUUACUGGGGGGCUGCAGGACUUGCAGGAGGCGAUUGAUUUCUACCGGCCGUGGGGCGGAGAGGAGGAGGAGGAGGAGGAGGAGGGGGAUGCUGGGAGGGUGAGGAAGACGCUUCAAGGGCCGAACUUGUGGCCCGAGGAGCCGAAACAGCUGAGAGGGGUGUAUGAGGAGUACAUCACGAGCGUGACGGAGGUCGGUAGGGCGCUGGUCAGGGCGAUGGGUGUUGCGCUUGAGCUUGGAUCUGCCGACCACCAUGGCCAUGCGGAUGCAGAUGGCGAUGCAGAAAAAGAAGACGAGGACGUGUUCGCUAGACACUGCAACGACAGCUUCUGGGUCAUGCGCAUGAUCAACUACCCGCCUCUGCCUCCCUCUGCCAGGCCCACCACCGACGACAACGACGACAACGACGACAACGACGAUCCAAGCCAGUUCUCCUGCGGCGCACACACAGACUACGGUUGCGUCACCCUCCUCCUCACAGACCCCACGCCUGGCGCUCUACAGGUGCAGCUCAAAGACGGCACCUGGUUGCCCGCCGACCCCCUCCCCGGCGCCUUCGUCGUCAACAUCGGCGACAUGAUUGAGCGGUGGACGAACGGGCUGUGGAAGAGCACGAUGCACAGGGUUCUGCACAGGGGAGGGGGGGAAGCGCACGGGCGAGGUGGAGGCGGCAGGGUCUCCGUUCCUUUUUUCUUCGAGCCGAAUUUCGACGCCGUGGUCAAGCCGCUGGAUGCGUGUGUGCGGAGGAGUGGCCGGCCGAGCAUGCACGAGGGGAGCACGUAUGGCGAGCAUCUGCUCACCAAGGUGUUUAGUAAUUUCUACUACAGCAAGCGGACGGAUUGGUAG